UCAUAGUUUUUACUUCUUUAGAUUUUUUUAAUUUAUUUAAUAAUUUAUGUAAAAUUUUAUAUUUACUCUUAUAAUUUUUAUUUAUUUUAAUUUUAUUAAUUUAUUUCAUGAUUUGUAUAAAAUUUCAUAUUUAUGCUUACAAUUUUUUAUCUAUUUCAAUUUUAUUAAUUAACUUAUUUUUUUGAACAUUCUGGACCGCGUGUAAUUAAAUUCAUUUCUUUAGGUACCUAUUUUACGUUUACGUGGACACCGAAAUUUUAUCUACAAAAAUGCACUUAAAAUAUAAGGGCUUAUAAGAUUAUAUACUUUGUUUAUUUUAUUUAUUUAACAAUGAGUCAUUGUUAAACUUUCACAUUUUCUUUUUAAAUAUUUUAAGUACAGUUUUGUUGAUAAAAUAUUUUUGUUAAUUUUUACGGAAAGUGUUUCCAGAUGUUCUUUGGGCCUUCAUUCUAUUGUGACCCGAAGGGUCAUUAAAAAUGCAUUUGGUUGUUUGCUAUAGGAUUUCUACGUGCAUCAGAGCAAACAAAUUUACUAAUUCUAAACAUUUUUUAGAACUGCAUUAUUUCUUAUCACUUGUCACGAUCGAAGUGAGUGAAGGCGACGGGCGAAAGGGUAAUUUUAAAUCUAUUAUUUAAUAUCAGAAUGCUGAUUUUCCCCUUUCUAUAACUCAGCCAAGGAGUUCGAUUGAACCUCACGUGGUUAGUGUGAGAAUAUAGGGAUUUGAGCACCGAUUAUUAAUCAAUAGAUUAAUGCAUGGAAUUAUUUUUAUUCUGUCAUCCAACCAAGGAAUUACAAUCACGUGGCUGAUAUAAGAAUGUUAUAAUUUCGUGUUGCUUUACAACUUAUUUGUCUAUUUGUACCGAGCGGAUGUACUAUAGACAGUCCCGUUCAAUGACCUGCGUGGCGUUAGGGUAGGUCAGGGAUUUUCUAAGCGAGAGGGAUAGUGGGUCGAUGAAUAUGGGCCCUCGAGAAGACCGUGUUCUUUCUCUGUCUUACUUUAAAGUUACUAUGACUUAAAUUACCAGCACUCGAAUGCCAGAGAAAAGGACAGUAAAUGAAAAGACAAAUGUAUACAAAAACAUGUGUAGUAUAUUGACAGAUUUUAAUUUUACAAAGUAUUAUAAUAAUGAACUUACCCCAAUGGGUUGAUAUACCUGCACACACACUCACUUCAGAUUCACCAAUUUGAAUCUUGUGUAUACAAGAAUUUACAAUGUUUUUACGGUUUUAUCGAGAUUUACAGAUUAAAUCUUUUCACGGGAAUGCUAUGCACGAUGAACCGAUAGGCCGGCUUUGCUUUCUAGUGAAUUUACGAUGAUAUAUAUAUGUUCUUUAAAUGAUUUUUAUAAAAAGUAUUAACUAUUCCCGAACAAGGACUCCGAUUGCCUAAGCGGUGGACGUCACGUGAAAGAGUUUAGUUAAUUUUAUCGCGAACUCAAAUGAUUUUACUCUAGGUAUCCAACCUAGGAGUCCAGAUGCCUAGGCGUAGGACCUCACGAGAAAAGGUUUUAAGAAUAAAAUUCAAGUCGCGUAAUUUAUAUUUUAAAUAAAAGAAUCGAGUUACGAUUAUCGAUCUAGGACCCCCGAUUGCCUAAGCGUGGAGCGUCACGAGAACGAAUUUUGAAAUCGACUCAGUGAGUCUUACUCGUGGAUGAAUCCGAUUAUCGAUCUAGGACCCCCGAUUGCCUAGGCGUGGAGCGUCACGAGAACGAAUUUUGGAUUCUUACUCGCGGAUAGAUCCGACAAGGAUUUUAGUUGCGGCGGUAAUGACUUUUCGAUGUUUAAUAAAAGAAUCGAAUUUCGAUUAUCGAACUAGGACCUCCGAUUGCCUAGGCGUGGAGCGUCACGAGAACGAAUUUUGAAAUCGACUCAGUGAGUCUUACUCGCGGAUAGAUCCGACAAGGGUUUUAGUUGCGGCGGUAAUGACUGACUUUGAUUAUUUUUCCGGGGUUUUUAUAUGAAAAAGUUUGAAAGAAAAGUGGGGCCGAAGAUGCCUCUUGCAUAGGUUAAAGACGAAGAAGGCAAUAAUAUAGAAGGGUUUGAUUUCUUUUGGACAGCUGAGAAUGACAUUUUAUUACGGAAGUUCUUGGAAUUUUGUAGUAAACAGGAUGUAAAUAGAAAAAUAAGUCCGUGGUGUACUGCUUAAAAAUAAAGUAAUGAAUAUAUGAUGACAUUUGUGAUCGAUAUAUUACAUACUCUAGGAAAAUAUAAUUUUAAAAAUAAUACAAAAUUGAGAUGAAAAAUCUUUAGUGAUAGGUGAAGGAACGGAGAGGUUCUGUGGGGGACCAUAUAAAUUUUUAGAGACUGCGUGUCUAUGAUGACAUUUAUUAUCAAUAUUUUUUUUAGGUGAUUCCGAGAAAUGGAAUUAAAAUUUAAAAUAGAAGAGCUUCCUAUGGUGGAAAAGGGAAAAGUAAGGAUCCGCGGGAGACCGUGAGAUUCUGUAAAAACGAUGUUUCUCCAAAAUAUAUAGUGACAUUUAUUAUCGAUAUUUUGGACACUUCUGAGAAAUGCAAUUAAAAAUUAAAAAUAAAAUAAAAUUAGAGAUAGAUUUCUAUAUUGGAAAAGAAAUAGUAAGGAUCCGCGGGAGACGUGAGGCCCAUUGGUAACAGAUGGUUAAAAUAGAAAGGUCGUAAAAAUUUGAGUUGAACUAGAACAGAGAAAUGUUUUGACAAAUUUAUUGAGCCCUUUUCGGUGACUUUUAUGAUGACAAGGGACUCGGAGCCGCGGAAGAUUCAGAGAAAUCUUUUCGUGGGACAUCUGGAAGACAUUGAGUCGGUGGAUUCUUUAUAAGGGAUCGGCCGUAGUGGUGCAGCUGUGCAUAGAGAAAGAAAGACGUACUAUUUCCUAGUUGCUUGUUCUUAUCUACGUCUCUCUUUCUUGUAACUUGACCGCUCAUACUCGCAUAUCUUUCUGUGGGAAUUCAGAGCAAGCCCAAAAUACGUCAUAGAUAUCUAUAUAUGGUCAACGUACGCAUACAUAACACACACAUACAUAUGUACAAAACUCAUGCACAUAUACGUAUGUACGGAUACCCCUGUAUUAUUGUAUCUUUGGUGAGUGUGCUCCGAAUUCUCCAGGUUAAUUCUCAUAAUAUACAUAUAUAUAAAAAAAAAUUAACGAAAAAAUUUUACUGAUCUUAAGGUUCAGUUGAGUGGUGACUCAGGUGUACCGAUUGUUACAUCUCUACCCCCAGAGUCGUCAUCGCCCUCGAUGACAUUAAUUUAUGCAAGGAAAUUUCUUUGCUUAAAUGUAAAUUAAUGAGGAUAGGUCAACCUGAAUCAUCAAUCAACUAAUUAAAAUAUUUGUUACAAUUAUGCUUGAUGAUUAGAGGAAUCCCUGGACUUCGAGUGGUAGUUGUUUGAUGGCUUGGCACAUGUGUUGGCUUCUUCUCUCUCUCCUUUAAGGGACAGUGCAUCUAAGGGUGAUGGUGACAUAUUUCAGUUAAUUCUAAAUUUCUUAGCGUUGUCCUUGUAGGCGUUGUCUUAGGCGUUUUAUUUUCUUAAAUUUUUUUUUUUUUUGGGGUAGUGGGAAGAAUUUUGAAACUUGAUUGGUUCUUCUCGAAUCCUACCCUUGUGGAUCUUUGUAUCCUUCGUGGAUUUAAAUACCCGUGAUUUUCUCGUGAUCAUCAUUCUCUGGUUUUCUUCUUGUCGCGACAAGUGAAAGUAAAAGUGAAGAAAGAAAAUGGCUUUCGUUGUCAAAGAUGGAGAAGUCAAACUUAUCGAGGAGGUCAUUGUCCAGGAGGACGCUUCAUCUGGGGAACAGGCUGUUUCAUUGGAGGAAACUCUUGCGGAUCCGUUAUCCGUCGAGGUGGAUCCGUUAGGGGUCCCAUCAGUCAUAUUUAAAGAAGAUCGAUGGUUAUGCUGUCCUGAACCCACUGGGAUGAAUCCAGAGGUUCAAUCCAUAGUGGAGGAGUUGCUGGUUCAAAAUCAGCGGUUGAUACAAUUACAGCAACAACAACAACAGCAGCCGAUCGACUAUUCGGCGUCAGGGGACCAGGCGGUUGAAGAGCCGGUCCCUUCGACGUCAUCGGGGGACGUCGAAUUGCGACGAUUGUUGACCCAGCCGGCUCGUCCCAAGUCGACGUACAGUCGUUGGGUGCGCUGCCCAGCUCCUGAAGGGAUACAGGCAACUCCUCGGAUUCCUCAGAAACGUUCCAUAAAAAGAAAGCGGUCCGAGCUGGUAGUCGGUGGAAGCCAAGGGGCCCCUGAACCGAGGAUUCGUCCUCCAGUCUUCAAGUUUUUGGAGCAUUCCAGGGUCCGGGUCAUGUGUGGGGAUACCAUGGCCGUGAGUGUGCCCUUCCGGGUGACGUUUGUGGACGGACACACCUUUCCGAUCCCAUUCACGGAUCCACUGGUGGGUUUGUUGGCGCCGAUGACGUCUCUAGAGGCGAGCUGGCUGGUGGCAACCAUGCCUUGGCCCUUAAUGGACCAUUUCGUCUUCGAGUCCCUUUUGGCACUGAUCGUUGCGAUGUGUCCUAUGCACCUGUGGGAUCUGGCGGAAGGAUCACCUCCUCGCAUAAGGAUAAUAAUCGAGGAGCUGUGGGACAAAUGUUCUUCACGGGUGGCUCGCUGUGUGUACUGCGGCAAUGGUUGUCGAGCGCAGCAAUAAUUAAUAUAUAUAUAUAUAUAUAUA